GGAAGGAAUGUCGUACGUUAACCUGAUUGUGUCUGGAUUUCGGAUUGUUCGCGUUUCCCUGGAGGCUGUUUAUCCGACUGGGCGUGAUUCCGAGGGCCGUUUCUCGUCUUCUAUAUAUUUCCAGACGGGAUUUUCCAUGAUUUCCAGAUUUUCCGACUCGGCCGGAAACCGGGGAAAGCGUUUUCCUCUUCGACGAAACGGCCUCUCCGCCUCGGGGUGAAAGUUGUUUUGACUGAGUCUCAACUCAAGUCCCCACUCGGAAGUGAGUAGUAUUUAUUGUCCAACGUUUUUACAGUGGAAAACGACCACAUUUCAAGGAAAACUACAUCCUCCCCCGGACGAAUAACCGUCCAAUUUUCAAUAUCAAAGUCGAACCUAGAUGUAAACACAACGAAUCAACCCUUUUUUUUUCACUUUUUUUCAAACAAAACGACCCUUUUCUUAACUUAGUCCACGUCCGGAGCAAAGUUACACAUUGAUUUCGUGUUGAAAACUAGUUUUCCGUCGAGCUAUGACUGCGAGGUAGUGACAGCUAAUGACAUUCCAUCAUCCGACCAGCACCCAGUUGCCACCCAAAAACCCGACUCCAAAUAUUGCAUGGUGUUGAACAAUGCAUCCAGUGAGGAGAAGGAAAAAGAGGCCAAACUAUGGUGUACGCACUGUUGAAGUGAAACGGGGCCAAAAUGGUUUUGGUUUCACAAUAUCAGGUCAACACCCUUGCAUUCUGAGCUGCAUUGUCGCUGGAAGCCCUGCCGAAAAUGCCGGCCUUCGAGCUGGUGACUACCUCGUUGCAGUCGAAGGACAGAGCGUCAGCAAAGUGCCGCACGACGACGUUGUGAGAUUAAUCGGAUGUUCAAAUGGUGUUUUGAAACUGCAAAUCGCCGAGAAUUAUUACUCAGACAGUUCGGAUGACGAUAUACUGGUGGCAGCUAGGCAGAAGCCGAAAUAUCCACACAAAUACCGUCUGAAUGGCAGGAACGAUGCCACUCUGCAUAACAGGCUGGGCAAAGUGGUUAGGGACCUACGUUCGGGUGGGGCGUAUGAAGAACAUCUUUCUCUACCCUAUCCGUUCUCGCCACCAAGAAGCAAGAAACACAUCCCGGAUGAAUGGAAACUAGGCAAUCACAUCCCGCCUCCGGUUUCCAGGUUCCGAAUUCCUAAUUCCGCCGACCUGGAAGCGCCAAAUCAAGUCGAACAACAUGUAUUUCGUGCUGUGGUUGGAUAUGUUGGGACGAUCGAGAUGCCGAGAAAACUUCCACCAGGAUCUCGAUUGCAGAUUGUUCGAGGAUGUAUUAAAAAGCUUCGAGCAGAAAAACGUCCGCAUACGCCAGUGUUGAUGACUGUUAUGACGCAUAGUUUAAGACUCACAAAUGGUGCCGGAAUCACGUUAGCUGUUUAUCCAGGUGAUAGGGUUACAUUUUGUGGAGCGAGUUCAGAUAAAGACCGUAAACAUUUUGGAGUUGUGACCACUGCAACGGGAGAAGAUCCGUCAAGUUCUUGCCAUAUUUUUGCCGUCGACGCACGGCCACAUUCGAACCAUUUCAAACGUGCCAAAAUUUUUAAAUUAGAAUGUAAAGUGGAUCCCGGUUCUGGAAUUUGUACAGAGUUUCCAGUCACAUGCGACCCGAUUAUUGCCGUCAUCAAAGGAUUUUACGAAACAAGUGCCAGUGUUGAAGAGCCUGUCGUGGCAAAUUCACCCCAGCCGAGUAACGACAGUACAACAACUACUAGCAACAGUGAUUCAGGAAUUGGCUUUCGCGAUGACUGCGGUAACCAGUCAGAUCGUAUUCUAGUUGUAGAUGUACAGAAUCAUAGGCUACACAUACAGGAAGUCGACAAAGGUGGAAACUGUGCUGACAAAGUAACGGUCCACACUUUACCCAACGUCACUGCGACCAGCAGUAGGAGUCGGUCUCCCUUGAGCACAGGAUCAGAGGGCCCAGAAAGACCUGGUUUUCUUGAAGACAUGAGUGUCAGUUCUGAAACGACAAAAAGCCCUGAAGUGACAAUUAUACAAAAAAGUAAGCAAAAUUCGAGGAUGGAAGCAAGCGCUCAGUCAGUUGAUGAUAUGAGCAUCAGCUCAGCACGAAGCCACGACGCUAUUAGUGGUCUUCCUUAUAAACUGAAUCAUAAAAUGUACAGCAUAUCACCACCUACAUCACAAAGUCUUGAAGACUUAAAAGAAACAACUAUGGAUAACACGAUAUCAAGAAGCCUGCAUCCCCAUUCAGGCAGCCUUCAAGAUCUCCGUUCAUUCAACUUGGACUGCUUUGAAAGAUCUGUCGUAGCUCACACUCUUCAUGGGGGUAGAGAUGAGGGAGUGUCAUGUUGGGCUACAUCAUUCGAGAAACUUUUGGAGGAUCCUGCUGGAUUGCAUACAUUUGCAGAAUUUUUGAAGAAGGAAUUCAGCCACGAAAACAUUUAUUUUUGGGUUGCUUGCGAAAAAUACCGUAAACUUGCGGAUCCUUUAGAGAGAAAGCAAAAGGCCAAGGAAAUAUUUAAUAGGCACUUGGCGUUGGGAGCCUUGGAGCCAGUAAAUGUUGAUUCUUAUGCCAGGCAAGUCACUGAAGAACUUCUGAGUGAUGCAUCUCCUAAUCUGUUUCUUCAGGCGCAAAAGCAGAUUUUCAAUUUAAUGAAGUUCGACAGCUACCCGAGGUUUAUUAAGUCUGAUUUGUACAAAGAAUGUGUGGUUAGAGUUCUAGCGGGGGAAGAACUGCCAGUUAGCACUGAAAACUCCGAUUUGCAACUUUCUAUAGCACAAUCGCACCCAAAAUUUUAUUCUCAGCUUAAGAAGUCAAGAAGUGAUGCGGACGAUAGAAGAAGAAAAUCGUUGCUACCUUGGACGAGAAAGGCAAGAGCAAAGUCAAGAGAUCGAGGAAACAGUUAUGAACAAGACAAUAGUUCUGUAAGCAGCAGCCGUUCAUCAUUAACAACUUGGGAUGUACCGUUAUCGACUGGACUGUGCCGUGUUGUGUUGCCUGAUGGGUCAACAGCUGUUGUCCAUACCCGUCCAAAUCACACUGUUCGACAUCUCAUUACCAGACUAUUAGACAAAAGAGCACUCUGUUAUAGCGAUUUUCACAUCAUUAAUAGUUAUUUGAACAAAACGGUUCCUUUAGACGAGGACGCCAGUGUUCUAAGUGGGCAAGAGGUUAAAAUUGAAAGGAGAGUUUCUUUCAGGCUCGAUUUGCCCAACAGGAAAACGGUCGCCGUCAAAUCCAAACAAUGUAAAACUCUGAGUCAGGUUUUAAGGCCAAUUUUGAACAAAUACGGAUACAAACUGGAAAUGGUCACCUUGUGUCUGAUGAGUGAAAACGAAGUCCUUGAGCCUAGUUUGUCUGUAACGCAUGUAGAUAGUCAACGUAUCCAGGUUUUAACACGGAGCACACCUACUGAGUGCUUAUCGCAAAUUGGGAGUUGGAGGUUAGAUGAUUGUAACAAAGGGAAGUCACUCGAUGAAAUUACCAAUAGAGUUUUUGAAGAAUUGCUUAAUGGAAAAGCCGAAGCGAACGUAGUGCCAUCUGAGCAGGGAUCUGUGAGAUCUGAAGAUUGGGGUUCUGAAAGCUCAUCGGGGAUUCUAGGAAGAUUCCUAAGGAGAGAUUCGGCAUUUAUUGAUAAGCGGAAGCCAAAAAAAGGACAUCAUAAAGGAGAAGAAAAUGAAAGGAAAAGUACAUUAAGUAAGCUGCCACCGUUAAUAGCAAAACUGAAACCAAGUAGUAAAGUUGAAUGCAGAUCAGAAAGUGAUGUGUUGUAUGAGGGGCUCAAAAGAGCCCAAAGGUCUCGUUUGGAAGACCAGAGGGGGACAGAAAUAAAUUUUGAGCUACCCGAUUUUUUGAAGGACAAAGAAAAUUCGCCUCAAGGUGGAAAGAAAUUGUGUAAACUGAGAGGUGGUGAUGGCGAAGAAUCAAAUGCCAAGCUCCUCCCGAACGAAUCAAACGGUAAUUGUGAUAAUGAAAACACCAAUAAAACAUUUCCAGCCGAAUAUCACUUCACCGAGACAUCCUUAGAGGAUCUCGUCCAUCUACAAAAUCACCAGCCGCAAUUGACUGACCCACCUCCGCCUCUUCCACCCAAGCCGAAAAACCUUUCAGGCGCCACAUCUUGGACAUGUUUGAAUGAGCCUAAACCAAGGGCGAGAACGCGCAGAACGGUAUACCUGGACCAGCCUAGUAGCAGUUUUGUUUAAGGUUCAUUACAAUGGGUUUGAUAAAAACACUUAUUCUUUUAUAAAUUAAAGUUAAUAAUGUGUUUUGUCAUUUUGUAAUUAAUUAUUGUACAUAAUGUAAUUAUGUAUUUUUACCUUUUUUUGUGUGUUUAAAUUACCAGUAUACUGUAUAGAACUAAAUACUAUUGAUUUUUUAAAUUAUACAGUUUGUAUUGUGCCUAAUUAAUUAAAGGAUUAAUCAGAGUAGGUUUAAUCUAAACCAUACCUGAUGUUUUAUUUCUUAGUCUUUUGUUAAGGCAAGGCUUUUGGUGGCCUUUUGAGAAAUGUAAAUUAUAAAUAUUCUCAGUCUAGUAUAAAAUUACUAAUUUAUUCCUUUACUUAUAAGUUGUUUUCUUCUUUAAUACGACUAAAGUAUUUGAAUUAUAUAAAUUGUCCCUCUAAUCGAAGAGCUUUCAGUUUUCAAGUAAAUAUUUUCACCAAGUUUAAUAAGGUUUAUCGUUCUUUCUAACUUAUUUUUAAUUGCAUACUAAUACGUUUAUUUUUAUAUUUGUUUUUGUAAUUUUUAUAUCGCAUUUGGUUAUUAUAUUUACAUCUUGACCAUUUGUGAGAGUUGUAAUUAUUAUGAAAUUUAUAUUCUGCACUGAUAUUUUAGGCUCCCGUUUUGAAAGGGAAAUUAUUUUUUAUUUUUGUAUAUACUAUUUAAAAAUAAUAUUAUUUUUCUAAUCAGAGUCCAAUUUUUCAUUUAUUAAACUUUUAUUUAUUUAAUUAAAUCAGCAUAGUCAAAGGUUCAUUUUAUGUAAAGAGCGCGGUUAAACCGUGAUUUGCUAUUAUUAUUUUUUUCUUCACAGAACGAUUUAUAUCCAAACAUCUUAUAACCUUAAAGGUAUCAAAGUUUGACCGUAAAAACAUGUUUUGUACUUCUUGUACGAAAUGUAAGGAAGAAAGUGUUUUUUAAACUUAUUUUUUUGAUUGUUAAUCUCUCAAAAUUGAGUAGUUUAUAAAUACUCUAAAUAAGUUUUGUAGUUUAUGCAUUAAUUUUACUUUUUUUUGUGUUUCUUUUAUUGAUUAUUUUUAUUGUGUAAAUUUUUAGGACUUUUAGAAGAAUGUAGGUUGUCUUUUUACAAUAAAAUCCAUAAUUUUGGCAACAUUGUGCCAUAGUCGCAAAGGAUUUUUUUUUCUGAAAAAUAUUUUUUUAAAUUUUAUUACGUCUAUAUAAAAUAAAAUGUUAAAUAAUUUUUUUUUCGAAAAAAUCCUGCUUUGCUAAAUUUAUGGAUUUUAUUGGUAAAAACAACCUAUAUCUAAAGUGGCCUAACAAAUGACACAAAAAAUUUCUAUUGUCUAAAAAAAAAAUCUAAAUGCAGUCAUUCCAAGUUUCCAUUUAUUUAUUUAAUUAAUUUUUUUUAUUAUAAACUCAAGGAAUUAAUCCAUUAUAAACACUACAGUUAUGAAAAUGUUAUAAAUUACAGCCAUAAAAUGUAACCAUCUUUUGUUUUGAAAAUAAAAAUAAA